AUGCUCACCGGAUCCCAAUUCAAACUGCUCAUAGGUUCAGAUCCCUGCGUUAUUUCACAGGUCUGCACCGGCGCCGACACCGUGUAUUUGCUCUCGGCGCUAGAUCUCCCUCCCUCGCCAAACGACUCCGACUUGCAGGCCUUCACAGCAGGUGUAAGUAGGGUGAUUGAGUGCUGCCUGGAGUGCGGGGUAGAGGGCUUGGUGUUCACCAGCUCGUCCAGCGUGUUUUCGUCUGCGGAGAAAGCGCAAGGGCCAACCGAGCACGAAGGAGAAGAUGAUAUGAAGGCGCGGGCCGUGGCCAGGGCUGAAGCAAGAGUCCUCGACGCCAGUGGUGCGACAUCCCCGUCGCGCUUGCACACCUGCGCUCUGCGGCCUGCUGCCUUCGUCUACGGGACAUCGGAGAAGGAUGGGCCGUUACAUCGAGCCCUGUCGUGGGUGGGCUGGGGUUUGGAUCGCGUGGCGGUGGGGCCGAAGUGCCCGGAAGACGGCGGCGUCAAGGUGGACAUGGUGCACUUGGACAACCUGGCGGAGGCACACCUGCUUGCCGGCGCAAGACUUAAGAAGAAGAGAGCAGAAACAGACGCACCAAACGCCAUGGUAGACGUUGGGGCAGACGUUGGGGGUGCGGCCGCAGAGCAAAGAAGAGGCCCCGGAAGCAAGACCGAAGCUGCUCCGGCGUGCGCUGGAAAGGCCUACGAUGUGACGGACGGUCAGCCCCGCAACCCUCAGGCGUUCCUGGAUGAGAUUCUUGAUGGACUCGGUUUUGCGACGUCUAAGUUGCUUCGGGUGCCGACCACGGUCGCGCUUUUGGCUGCCUGGGUGGCGGAGCUGUUGUGCAAGGUCGGAAUAACGACCGCGCCGGCGCUGACAAGAUCGGACAUCCGGGGCCUCACUGAGGCUCGCCGCACCCACAGCAACGCUCGAGCACAGAGGGACUUCGGAUACGUUCCACGCGUCGACCCCGCGGCAGCCAUCAAGAGAACCGUCGAGUCGCUGAAACGGGACGGGUGGGCGAGGCACCGCGUCCGUCGACCAGCCCUCGCCUAUUGGAUCACAAACCCGGGGGGCAUCUGGCUGGUGACCCUCGCGGCCUUCGGGGGCCCGUGCCCUGCUUUCGCGGAGCCGCUGGCGAGAAGUGCCGGACACGUCGGGCUGCGGCUGCUCAAGGAGCAGUCUACCGUUCGCGCCGUGUGCAUCGCGGUGUACCUGGUCCACGUCCUGGAAGGGGUCUACGCCUUUCGCGUGGCGCGGCACGCCGGGCACCGAGACGCGGCCCCGGGGUGGUUCGCCCAGACGUUCCUCCUCGGGUUUCCUUCGGUGUUCUUGGUUAACGACCUCAAGCGGGCAGAGAGCACCUCGAAGAGGAGUACGAGCGACGGCGGGCAGACGAAAACGCCAGGUUCAUAACAUAAUAAUGAUUGACGGUUUCAAGCGAGAGGAGGAAACGGGCACGAACGCCCUCGUCUUAGAAAACGAAAGAUCUUUGUCUCUACGUAAUAGGCGAACUGAAUAGGUCCAGCUUUGCGGUGAGUUCAUUCAUAGUGUACUUGACCUCCCUGGUCUGAAGUAUGAUCUUGACUUGCUUGCUUUGCGUUGCGAAACCAAAGUCCACAUACAUAGCGGAGGAGAGAAAACUCGGUCGUGCCAUUUAUAGUAUUGUUGGUUGGGGUCCUGUGGUAGAUUGAUUGAUUGGUGCCUUAAUAGAUGUAGAGAUAGAAACCGCGAAAUUGUCCUGAAGGAUUUGCCUCCUUCCUCAGUGAGCUGAAUCGUUUUUAACGCAAGCCGACGAACAUCGUUGUUGGUGUUGCUAUGUAGUCCCCAAGCUACUUUUUGGUUUGCGUCGUGCUUAUGGUUUGAGAAAGGGAGCG